GACGUUGCAGCACAGUUAUAUAGUAGGAUCUAGAUAGCUUCUAGAAUUUUUUAAAAUAAUGUUACGUAAACUAUAGAACAAACCAAAGAUAGUGGAUAGAUAUAGUAUAAGGAGUUUCGGGGUGAUCUAUACAAGAGUAAGAUUUAGAUAAAGUUAUCGUUUAUUUUUAUAGAAGAAAAUAAUGCCAGAGCCUCUCAUAAAGCAUCGGUAUCUGGGGUGUGUGUGUCGGGUAGCGUAGGGUGAUAAUGAAUGAAGAUAAGGAGGAAGCCAGAAGCGAGGCGGAGGCGGCGGCCAGCCCGAAACGAUUGUGCUGGCCGCGGCGACCGCCGGCUCCGUUACCAGACACCAGGGGACUCUGCUGCGCCAAACUCCUCAGGAAGAAUGGAAAAGCGAAGAAGGUGUUGAUGUUCCCAGAGGAGGGCUGGGCGAGGAGUGCCUCUUCUUCAUAUUGGACAUUACAGCCGUGCUGGUGGCGUCGGUCCAGGUGUAAGGUUAUUGAAGUAGCUGGCACUAGAAGGCACAGUACACACGCUCGUAUGGUAGUGAGCGGUAUAAACGCCGUAUACAUCGUGGGCACCUUCAAACAUCUAGCGGCCGAUGCUGACUUCAAGCUAUACUUGACAACGAACGUGACCCAAGCGGAUUUCAACAUGGGUUACACGAUGACUGGUACCUUGGAGAGAGGCAGUCGGUCCAACAACAGCUUCCAAGUAACCCACUUCGCUGUACUAAGACGCUGCGACCACGAGUCCCAUCACCUAAAGAAUGCAUAGAUUAUGAACUAAAUAUAAUAAAACAUUUCACAGAUUAAAAAAACAAUGAACAAAUUAUAAAUAAAGCAUAGAUUACAAAUUGAUAUUCAUAAAUAAACUCACAAAGUAAACACUCGGAACCAAUAAUAAAUAAUACUUGGAUUACUAAAUAAAUUUAACCAAAAAAUUAACAGAUUAAAAACUGAUACACAAAUAUGAUAUGACGCAUAGAUUAUAAACCAAUAAAUAAUUUCACAGAUUAAAAAUCUUACAACAAUACCAAAGAAUGUAAAGAUUAAAAUAGUAAUAUAAGGCCAAAGAAAGCUUAAGUCAGAUAUAUUCAAAUAAAAUUCUUAGUACUGUAAUUCUAAUCUUGCGGACUUUGACCUUCAGUAUUUAGUAUCUGCAAUAAUGCUUAAGUAUUGCCAUUAUUUAUAACGCUAAUAGUCCGUCAUUAUGUCAUAAUGAAUUCCUUGUUUCACUCUAUUAAUGUCAUCCUGAAAGUAACUAUGGUAGGAUUGGCGAAGUCCUUUGAUUUAUUUCAAGUAAGUUACUAUGAGCGUAUUGCAAAGCGAUAUUGUGAUGCUUAGAAUCCGGCAGUGAAUCUGAAUACUGUAGUCACUCCCGAAGCUAAUAGAUUAAGUGAAGUUACUGUAGUAGAAUAAAUUUACAUUUAUAUAUAUAUAAUUAUUAUAAUGUAGGGCUUCUAGUCAUGUACUUGUGAUAGAUACGCGACAUAUUUUUUUAUAACCGAUAAGAUAGGCAUAAAACUCACCUUCUGUAUCUGUUAAGGUCUCUGUGACAAUCGAAACACCUCGAUUAUGUUCUAGAGUCGGUGGUACCUGGUAAUUAAUAGAGUAUUCUGAGUGUGUGUAUAUAAUAAUUGAACCGCUCGCUAGUACACUAUAUAGGCGGAUCGAGGUUCAUCCUGAAUUGGCUGUGAGCGAUGUGGCUCCAUAAGGUUUCGGCAAUUUUAACAUAAUUCAUAAUAUAUAAAUUGUUCGUAAAUGAUGCAGAAUUAAACAUAAUUUCAUCAGCUUGGUAUAUAACCAACAUUAUUUUUUUGAAAAUUAUUACAUAAUAAAGAAAAAAUAUUUUCCAAAGACGUUCAUGUCAUCCCAGUUAAAAAAUUUCUGUUAAUUAAGAUUAAAAAAAAAAACAUUAGAUCGAAUUGAAAUCUUAAUUAGUAUCGUGUAAGGAAAUAAGUCGUCCACAUUUGUAGUUCAAAUUACUACAAAUCGACUUAUUUAAGAAAGGUUAAACGUCCAAUAUCGCAUUUCCCUCCAAUAUUUUAUACAAAGCUGAGGUCUUUGAUAGCUCCGUUUAGUUUAAGCGUCGUAUGAAAUUUUUAACCAUUUUUAUAAUUAGAUAAACAAUUUAAAUUACUUUCCUUCGUAACUGUAAACUAAUAAAUUUUACCCACUCAGAAAUUUAGCUUGUACGACAUAUGAAAUCUUUUUGUCGUUAACUUAAAGAUUUGAGGUUUUCUCAUACAUUAAGUAUUAUCGCGUCCGUUAUGAUAAUGUUAGGUGAAAAGAUACUCAUAUUUAUAACUAAUGUAGACAUAAAGUAGAUUGCUUUUCUAGUUGUAUUCAUAGAAAUUGGUUGUGAAAUAUUAAAUCAUCGAUUCUCCUUGUCACGUUAAAAAAAAAGAUAAUGGCUGCCGUCAUCCGUCAUUAAAGUAAAAAUGACACUUGACAGCAAGACGUGACAUUGACACAGGAUUCGGUAAAUUAUAAUUUAUAUAAUUUACAUAUUUACUUAAUUUUGUUGAUUUAUUUUAUUACGUUAUGUUGGUUAAUUAAUAAAUUAUUA